AUGUCACGUACUCAUUCUUCCUCUCUUCUUCACACCUGGCCUGGCCACUGCCCUCUACAACAUCUGCCCAAGGCCACCACUGCCCUCUACAACAUCUGCUUCAUCUGCCUCACCCAAAAUCCCAGCACCGCAGUCGUCUCUGCGCCCCCAGCACGUUGCUUGCAGCAUUCUGCCUCCCAUCCCACUCUACAACACCUGUCCCAGCACGCUGCUUGCACCAACCUGCCUCCCACCUUGUUAUCCUUGCCCACCACCGCCCUCUACAACCCCUGCCCAAGUGGUCUGUGCACCCACCAACGCUCUAGUCUCGGCUACUCACCUACGCCCACAGAGUCAUCACUUAGGGAUCGCACUAUUCAGAUAUUCACCCACCAACGCUCUAGUCUCGGCUACUCACCUACGCCCACAGAGUCAUCACUUAGGGAUCGCACUAUUCAGAUAUUCACCCACCAACGCUCUGCUCUCAGCUACUCACCUAUGCCCACAGAGUCAUCACUUGGGGAUCGCACUAUUCAGAUAUCUGGUCUCGCACCCACCAAUGCUCCGCUCUCAGCUACUCGCCUACGCCCACAGAGUCAUCGCCUUAUCGUCCUCACAGUUCCCAACCAUCCCACCGGCUCCCAAUCUCGUCUCGCACCCACCAACGCUCUGCUCUCAUGGUGGAUAGACCAGGGUAUGUCUGUAGGGACUUGA